GUUUUGAAACCACUUCGCCCAACUGGUGUGCCAUGGCGACCAUGUGUUUGAGUUGAUCGGGCCAUUGCGCCCGCCAGUGGCAACCUGAGGCAGUGUUGGCGGCACUCCUAUGGCGGACACAGUCGCGGUGACAGCAAGCGUGUCGAUGUGGUACUUGACUUCAUUUGCAACCCUCCUUUUGAACAAGUACCUGAUGGGAUAUCGACAUGUGCAGCCCAACACCUUGGCGGCAGUGCAGAUGGUGUCCACAGCCGUGUAUGGAGCUCUGAAAACACUGAAGUUGAGCGACGUCGUACGGCUGGCAAAGGAGGCCCGAAGCAUCAUAGGAAAAGAUGCAAAGGUGACGGAUCCUGAGUCGCCGCCUGUGACUUGCGACCACCUGGACGGCUCUUCCAGCAAGGGGAGGCGCUGGCGGCGCAGCCUGCUGCAAAUGGGCUUUGUGGGAGUGAUGAGGUUCUCCACAGUGGUGCUGGGCCUCGUGAGCCUGGAACAUGUAGCAGCAUCCUUCACUGAGACCAUCAAGGCAUCCGCGCCAUUCUUUACAGUCAUCGUGGCCUAUCUGAUGCUAGGCGAAUCGACUCACGUGCUAGUUUUGGCAUCGCUCAUUCCCGUCGCUGGCGGUUUGGUGUUGGUGUCAUCCACGGAGCUAUCUUUCAACAUCGUCGGCUUUUCAGCAGCUGUAGCCACCAACGUCAUUGAAUGCAUCCAGAACGUGUUUAGCAAGAGGCUUUUGGGGAGUGAGUACACCGCCUCCCAGCUUCAGUUCUACACUUCUCUGACAGCCUUGGUGAUGCAGGCACCUAUCUUUUUGCUGACGCGCGCGAAGGAGGAGCCGCUGCCAGUCUCCAACAUUACGGCUGUGCAAGUAUCAGAUGCGGAGAGUCCGUUUCUACCGGAGAGCAAUCUUCUGAUUUUGCUGUGGAUUGAUGGCCUUUUGUAUCAUGUGCAGUCAGUGGUUGCCUACAUUGUAAUGUCAUAUUUGUCCCCAGUCACUGUGUCGGUUGUCAACACCCUGAAGCGUGCUUUGAUCAUCGGAAUCAGCAUUCAGGUCUUUGGCAACAGGGUGACCCUCCUGACACAACUCGGCACGGGCAUUUGCCUCUUCGGUGUGCUCUGCUACAACUGGGCAAAAUCGCACCAGUCAUAGAGAGCAUCCGCAG